AAUGACUAUAAGAGAGGAAAACUGUGGUAUAAUGAAAAAUGUUUUGCAAACAGAGAAAGUUUUGAAGUUGAUUAUGUCACUGUCACUUUCAAAAGAAACAGGACCCUCAGUGAGUCCAGUUCUUGUUUUUUCAGUAAAGAACCAUUUCUUCAAUGGUUGCCUUGUGUAUUUUCUACUUAUAAAAAUGAAAGAUCCAUUCCACACGUGAUAGCAUUUCUUAUUGAUCAUGAAACCGAAAGUGGAAUUUAUCUUUUCUAUAUGCAAGAUACCAAAGAGACCUAUGUCACUGUAUCUAUGCUCAAGGAUGGGAAACCAAGCCCUCGACCAAAAUUUCCUAGUUUUCAAUUUCCUUCCACAUUCGUUCAUCCAGUUGGAAUGGUGUUCCAUCCCCGAAGCCACUUUCUGUAUGUUUAUGGCAAUCAGAUAUGGAUUUCAAUGGAUGGUGGCAAUAGUUUUGAAAUGCUGUGUGACUUAUUCAAAAACUAUAUAAAGAUGUCUUUUCAUAGCUUUUAUACUUCAGAUAUUGUUUUUAUUGGAAACGAUGGAAGGAUUUUCAUGACAAAGGCAGGAUUAAAAAGAUAUGGUGAAUUGGGGAAAUUUAAGGAUAAAGUUUUCACAUUGUACUAUGAUCAAUUGGGAUACAUACACAAACUGACUCCACGUAACUUUUACGCUGGUUCAAAACUUUUAGGGUAUGGAAGUUCUCACAGUAUUUUUGGAAAGGCACCUGAUUUGGGAUUUGAAACUGCACUAGCUCCACAAUAUAUCUCUGCCAAGGAAUUAUUUUUCUUUGCAUAUGUACCUCUGAAUAUACAUAAAGACUAUCAGUCCGAAAGGUGGUUUAAACAUAUUCACUUGGGAAAAAUGAUAGAGUUCAGUAAAACUGGAGUUGCUUACAUCAGAAGUAUAUUUGUACAUGAAAAGGAGCCUGUGGGAUUUCAGACAUCUAUUCACACAGAAGUAAUAGACCCUUUUGGAAUGGAGGACCCAAAGGACAACCCUUGUUUACUUAGUGAUCUUGAAAUUACAUAUUCUGGAAAAUUAUACUACACGCUUAAGCUUCUAUCAAAAAAUCCCCAGCAUGAAUUUAAAUAUACAGAUAAAGAAAAGACUGUGUUGGCACCUGGCCAUAGCAGCUUCAUGAUCACGGGAAUUAUGAAUAGAUGGACUGCUUCUGCCUUGGCUACUAUGCCUGAAAUAGUAACAUCAUCAUUGAAGUUUUCAGCAGGCUCUUGGUUCUUGUACAACUUUGGCACAGUUGUAGGACGGUUUUGGACCAUAGGUUUAAAACCAUGCAAUUAUCAGAUUCAAGAAGAUAAUCUUGAUUUUAUGUCCCUUAAUCUUGUGAAGUAUAUUGAUGUGGGAA